AUGGAACUCAUCUCUCAGUUUACCGAGGAUGCUAUUGCCAAGGAGGACUGCGCUCCAUGCUAUUAUGUUGCCACCAUUGUGCCUGGCCAACCUGGUCGCUUCAUUUGGGGAGUGUGUUACUUGCAAUACUCACAGAAGCUUUCAACUUUGGUCCGACCCUCUUCAGUCCACUCUUCUGCACAACCACAGUCACUUCCAGAUCCUUGUAUCAUACACCAGUCCAUGAAUGCAGCACAACGCAAGUCACUGCACACAUGGGCCGCGGUUCAGGCCCAGACAUUGCUGUGCCCCUUGGCUGCAUACAAGGGAAAUUCACGGAAGAAAAUUGGGCAUGAUAUUAACUUUGGGAAUAUCUGUGAAGGAAAGAAGGACAUUGACGCUUGCUUGGAUACCCCUGGGCUUAUAACAAUCACUUUAGAUACUAUUCUACCAAAAAUCCUUGCAUUUGGAAAGAGAUUCCCUUGGCGUACUGAAGAGUUUGUUGUCUGGGAUGCUUCCUGGGUUGACCUAUCUGGACAUUUACCUGCCAUUCUGUACUUUUUAUCUCAGUGUUUAGUCCAAUCUCGAUGCAGACCAAAGACAACAACUUUCAAGACCAAGCAGUUCUCACUCAUGGUUGUUGUGCCUGCAGCGCAGUGGAGUGAGUAUGAGGCAUGGCUAGACAAAACUGAAGAAGAGAUUUCUCAGAACACUUUGCUCGAACAGCUCCAACGACACAGAUUUAUCAAUACUGGCACCAAACAAGACCCUCGAACUUCUGGCACCAACUCAGAAGACCCAUGGGCUGCACAGCAAGAUGAAGACCCCUUUGGUCCUGACUUGGAAGGACCAGAUGCCUUAUCUACUGUGGAGCGUAAUUCCACUGUUACUUGGUCUGACAGCUCAGCACAUAAUCGACCGGAUGCCUUAUCUACUGCAGGACCUCAGCACAGUCACACAUGUCCAUCAGCAAAGCACGCUCAUUUUCGAGCGGAGAGUGACUCCACAAAUAGCACUGUGUCAUCUCCUCACAAGAAGCCAGUGCAUGAUGUAUUUCACCUGCCCGACCAUAAUGAUUUGAGAGAGGCCUUGAAAAGUGGAGGUAGUGUAGAUGCUGUGCGUGCACCUAAAGUUUAUGACUUGCGCAAUGAGGACAUUCAAUUCCAUCAAAUCCCUGUGCACCCACUAGCUGAUAUCUUGAAGACUCCUCAGUAUCGCUCAUUCAAACCCAAUAUCUCCAAUUCACUUAUUGGACAGCUCACUAUUGAUGUCCCCCUUCGCAGCAUGAUCGGGAUUGGUGCCUUUAAGACAGCACAUCCAGGUGGCCUUGGGUCACGCGCUCAGCAGGAUGUUGUCAUCAAGUGGCUGUUACAUAGACCUCCCUCUCAUGCCGCUGGUGCCAGCACACUCAAAAUCUCACCUUACACACUACCAGAUGAACACACAAAACUCUUAAAUGAAAGUAAUGCACUUCUAAACAAGCUCCCAUGGCAGAUGUCAGGGCAGGGAUGUUUUCAGCGGUAUCUCCUUGAGGGGCGGGUGAUGAUGUCCGAUACUCCUGACAAUCAGACAUUCAUGAAGUUCAUUCAUAACAAGGACUAUGGACCAUCACUCGAUGAGGACGAAUAUGGCUAUGACCUAGCUGUCUUUCUUGCAUUUACUCAGCACAUUCAGUACGCAAAGACAGAGGGUCUGGCUUUCAUUUCUGAUUAUCAAGAUCUUGACCCACCGUUGUGCUUCUCUAGCUCGGUCAGUGAAGGAAGCAAUAUUUUCGGCAAUGGAAACAUGGUGGAUGACUUUGAGGCAAAGCAUCUCUGUAACCAUUACUGCAAGUGGCCAGGAUUUGGAUUGGAGUUCUUAGCAGUUCACACACGGCACAUUCUUAUCUGGUCGAAGAAGCUUUUCCUCAAUGUUGGCAUUCGAGUUUUGUUGCAAUGGGUCCAAGUGAUUUUUCGAUGUGAACUGUGCGGAUCAGCUGCCCUGGAAAGACCUGACUGUGGUCUGGCAAGUUUUUCACUUACUUGUCAACUGCAUUGGUCGCUGCCAUAUAAUCUUUCCGUUGCAGGGUGCGGUCUUGUAAGGGUAAAUGUACCAUCUGCUGCACGUCUGAUGGUUAUGUCUGUGAAGCCAUUGGGCUCCGUUGGUGUGAAUAAGCAGCCUAUGAUUGAGUUUUCAGCGGAUAGGUUGCUCUGA